AUGAACGUGCAUUUCUAUGCCUCGGAUUUGGCAAGGGUCGUCAACAUGUUGCUUUCAAAUGCUAUGAGGUGCCCACCAAUUGUGUGCCUCUACGCGCUGCUCGCAGUGCGGCAAACCGUUCAGAACCUCGUGAACUCCGCAAGCAACGAGCAGCAACGACAUGAAAAGCAAGAACGACUCAUGCAAGACUUUGUGACAGAAGCCGGCUUCCAAGCCGCACUUCUGCUUAAGGCAAAUGCCAGCGAGCUAAAGAUAGCAACACGCAAGAUUCAAGCGGCAAUUUUACAGAUAAAAUCCAACACAUACAGUCGUGAUGAGAUUCAUCGUAUGCUUAAGUUUCGCCAAGCGCAAACAGGUUUCGCUGUUGGAGGCAUGAAAACUCGCAUACUAGAUCAGGCGAUUGCUGAUUUGCCACGAACAUCACGUACGGCGACAUCUCAGGGAGGCGAAAGUCCUCGAGAGUUCUCCGACAUGGCUCAGCCUGCAGAGUUGCGAUCACGAAUCGACCUUCAAGCUCAGAACCAACAGAAGCAAUUAGACCAAGCCCUGGCAGACCUUGAGACUCUCGAACGGGCCACACAAAAAUUUGCCACUAAGCUAGAAGUCGAGAGAACCAGCCAAAAUAUUAUUGAGCAGAUCAAUGAUGUUGACGCUCGCGUCCAGUCUCUUGCAGAACAGGUCGUACAAUUAGUGGGAGGUGAGCACGAUAGACUGAUAGAAACUGAGCGCAACGUGGAUAGCAUGGCCGACCGAUGCAAACACCUUAGUGAAGGCGCCAAAUUAAUGAAAGAGCAAUUUUCUCACUAUCAACAACAAUUUAGUCUUCAACUAGAGGAACUUCUUGACAAUAUGCAGGUCAGUGGCGACGACCAAACAUUCCAGCCACCAUGGCGAAUUUAA